UGAGGCCGUCCCUGCAGACACACGGAUGGAGAUCGCGGACAGGCUGGGAAGGAAGCGAAAGCGGAGGCAUGCGGAGAUCUGCCUCUCCAGACGACGAAGAAAGGAUCUUUUCAGCGUUCCCUUUCAAGGAGGACCUUCAAGAACCGUGGAACGGAGGACCGUGCGCCACCAGCGGCCAGAAGCGGAAACGCUGAGAACGAGACAAACGACCCGCGCAACGUCGGGCAAAAGACCGUGAAAGGUCGAGCAGGGAGAGCGGCGGUUCUGGAGACAUAUGUAUCCUUUUUUCUACGGGAAGUUCCUUUUUUCUCAGUUUGGAAUCGGUUACGUAGAAGCGCCCAGCUGACCCGACGCGUGUCUACUACACCCGCGGCAGGCUUUUGGUGGGUCUGGCAAGUUGCGCUUGGAAGCAGCGUCUUCCAGUGGAGUUCGUCAUUUCGCUACAGCUUCUCUACGGCUUCAACUUUGACGUCCUUUGUUUGAAAAUUCCAGUUGAGGGAUUGACGUUCAGCAGACAAAUCGAGUUCCUCAGCCGCGCGUCUCUCGCCUGGGUGACCCCUCUCUGUCUUCCCGUCUCCGUGUUCCCUGGCUGUCGUUUGCUGCGUUUCCCUACCUGGAGUCCGCAAAAAGAAAGGCUCCCCUAACUUCUCCGUUUCCUGCGCGCAUGUCAGGGCCGUUCUCGUCUUGCGGCUCUAAGUUGCUGUGCUGGACAACUCUUCAACAGAAGUCCCAGGUGAAGUGCUCCCAAACGGAACUCGCCGCGUGGAGUGUCGCGGCGUCCUUGUCUAGGAGUUUUCCUGCUCUUUCGACAGUUCUGUCUUCGUCUUGUGAAAGGCUUUAUCCCCCAGUCUGCGCAGCUUUUCUCAGUUCCAACCUCAGUUCCAACGCCACCAAAUGCUUCGCGUGAGUCGUGAGGAACGGACUUCCAAAAUGUCUCCAUGAUUGAUCGAAACCGAGACGGCACCGGACUGCGACAGCUCGCCGCCACCCUGCUGGAUUUUUUCAGGAUCCGACGACCGACCCACCGACCGCCCCGUCCGUAUUUGCCACUCUGGUCAGACACUCUCCAAGCAGGUCGGCAGAGACGGACGAAAAAAAAAGCAACGCGGGGAAUGAAUAGAAAAAAGGUGGAAGCUGAAGCGCCAUGCCAGACGCUUCGGACUCCUCGUCCGUGGAUGUGUGCCUGUACACCCGAAGAACCGACACUGGAAGCUGAGACCUCAGGGAUCGGCCUGAUCCUCUGCUGCGUCCUCGAACUCCACUUGGUGAACCAAGAAGGAUUCUCCUGACUGCGUCUCUGGCAGACCGGGUGAGUUCGCUGGCUCACCGCGACCCGACGCGGUCGUCAAAAACACGACGCCUCUUGGAUUUGGAACGCACAAACUGGAACGUUCGACGGAGGCAUCGACCGCGUCCCCGUUGAGGUCUGACUCCGUUUUCCAAAGUCGCUGGGGAUGCGGGAGUGAGCGUGUCUGCGUCUCGAUUUCUCAGCGUCGCUCAAGCGCGGCCGCCAGGUGCGUGAGACUGUCACGAGGAGCUACAGACGACUGUUAUCCUUCGGCUCUUGCCCGCUCUCGGAACGCUGAGCUGCGAAAAUGGCUUUUCUAGGCCGCGUCGGCGGUCCACGACGUCUCGACGGCUCUUCCAGUUCCCUCGCCUAUCGCUUCCCUCGGUCUCUCUCUGUCACUUCUUCUUCUUCGGCCCUGUCCUCUGCACCGUUCGUUUUUCCGGAACUUUUCGCAUGUCUUCGUCAACCCCCCGGCGCCUUCCACGCUUCCCGAGUGCGGACGCGAACGCUCUCUCUCGGGAACCGUUCGUCGUCUUCUCCCCCACUCACUUCCUGCUCGUUGCCUACGCGUUCGCUCGCUUCUGCCGGCGCGCAGCAGACCAGCUGGCGACGACCCAACUUCUCGUUUGGCUUGCAGGAGAGACGCAUGGACAAGACACACGACCUCUACGUUCAGACGCCUCACGAGAAGCGCCUGCAAGGCGUCUGUAGCCGUCAGGUUACACCUGUGGAGUCGAGUAGCAGUCCUGCCGUCCAGCGACGCGCCUUGCAUGCGUCGGCAGUUUCUUCGCGGAGCCGGAGCCGAAGCGCUCGAGUCGCCCUCUCGUCCUCGCCUCUGAUGAGUGCAGCGGAACGCUCCUUUUCCAAAACGAAAGACACGACUCCGCUGCAUGCACCCUCAGGAUCCUCGAAGUCUCGCUCUCGUUCUGGCAAGUCGUCCACUUGGUGCUCGCUCCUGUCCGGUUCGCCGGUCUCCUGGACGAAGUCUCUCCAGAGGGUGGCGCUUCCCCUCACUUGGCGGUUCGCCUCUGACUCUGUUCUGCCGUCUGACUCUUGUCUUCCACUGCGCCCGCCUUCCGGUGGACUGUGUGUGUCCAGCUGUUCUUUGAAUCGUGGGCGUUCCUUCCCCCCUCGACUCGGACGAAGCGUACUCCUCCCUCCGAUGAAGACGCUCAGCUCGAACACAAAAGGUGCGGUCCAAGCCGCUUGGGGGUUGCGGCGUUUCGCAGUUGCUGCAUGCGGGAAAAAGACGUCUCCGCAAACGUGCAGAGGCGAGACACACUCUGCGUUCUGGCCGUCCCCUGGUCUGCAGUGUAUGUACACCUCAGGGGCGGGGAGCCAAAACGUGGACUGCGGAAACGCGAGCUGUUCGCCGUCGCCAGAGCCGCCGAGCAGCGACAACGUUCCCGGAACUGAGAGGGCGAACUCUUCUGAGAAAAGCGCUUCUUCAGAAAGUCCACACUCCACCUCCGGGUCAGGUGUACGUACACCUCAGCCCGCGACUCCGGCUGUAUGUGCCGGUGACGAAAGAGGCCCAGGCACAUCAGAGCCGCUCUCGCGUUUCGCGGCGUCCAGCACCCAGGCGUCUCCUUCGUCUGAUCCGUUAUCCAGAGUGACUCCGUCUCCUUCAGGGUCCUCUGUCUCUCGCCCUGCUUCUUCUGCAGUUCGGCCUUCACCUCUGCAUGAAGUACAUGCAAGCCUCGGCGCAAAGUUCGUUAAGUUUUAUGGCUUGCUCCUGCCUUUCGCGUACGAAGGGGAGGGCGUCGUCAGUUCGCAUCUCCACACCCGCACAUGCGCCUCGCUCUUCGAUCUCGCGUACCGCCAACACUAUCGGAUUCGGGGUGACAACGCCGCGCAGUUCCUCGAGCGUCUCGUCGUUGGAGAUAUCCAGAGUCUGCUGGAGACUGAAAGCCGCUUUACGCUCUUCACCAAUGAACAAGGUGGAAUUGAAGAUGACGUCAUCGUUGCUGUUCAUCGAGACUUCCUGCUAAUUAUCGGAAACGCAUGCAACAAAUCCAAAAUUCUUUCCCGCCUCGACGCCGAGGCCGCUGAAGCUCGAGGCCGAGGCCAAACCGUGACAGUGGAGGCAGUAGAGGACUACACGCUCUUGAGUGUACAGGGACCUCAGGCGAUGGACGUGAUGAGUCAAGCCGUAAAUCUUUCGAACGCAGACCUCGUCCGAAUGCCUUUCAUGAGCAGCUACCUCUGCUCGGUGGAAGGCGUCGCCUGCGUGUUGACGCGCUGCGGUUUCUCUGGGGAGGACGGUUUCGAGAUUUCUUUGCCAGCGUCAGAGGCGACAAGGAUUUUCUCGAUUCUUCUGGAAAAGUCUUCUCUGCUGCGUCCCGCCGGCGUCGGCGCGCGAGACACUCUCCGGCAAGAGGCAGGACUCUGUCAGUUCGACCUCGACAUCGACGAACAAACGACCCCCGUCGAGGCGGCAUUGGGGUGGACAGUCGGUCGGCGGCGGCGGCAGGAGGCGAAUUUUCCAGGCGCCGCUCGAAUUCUCGCGCAGCUGGCGCAGCAGCAGUUGCUGCAGAAUCAGACGAGAAAAGGUCCGGCUUCCGUGGACGCGCUGCAGAAGGCACUUGCCGCCGAGGCCGAGAAGGCAGGCCUUCGAGAAGAGAAUCGUCUGCGGCGCAAACGCGUCGGCCUCUGCCUGCCUGCCGGAGGCGGGUCGUCUAAAGGAGUUACUGUUCGAGAAGAAGGAGGAAAGAAUGUCGGCAUCGUGACAAGCAGCUGUUUCGCCCCCUCGCUACAGCGAACCAUCGGCAUGGCUUAUCUCGACCUUCCCUACACCCUGCCAAAGACUCGCGUCGUCCUCGACACAAACCUCCCGACGCCAGAGGCGCAAGUGUGUCAGAUGCCGUUCCUGCCUGGCGCGUACUACAAGGUGCCUCUUUCUCUGUGAAGUCUCUCCUUGGCAGAGGCGCGAGGUACUCGGCUGUCCCCUCGAGUGGUUUCUUGUUCCUCCGUCGGCUCACAGCGAGGCGAGACACCGCUCGAGAAGUCAACUUCGAAGUCGUUCAUCCGCUUUCCGUUCAGCGCUUCCGAAGUCUGCGAAGUGGAAGUCAAGUUUUCGUUCCGUCUUUUCCUUACGACUUGUCUGUGCCGCCUCUCCUGUAUUUCCUCGCGCGGAGCCACUGUCUCCGUCCGCGAGCUCAGCGAGAGAGUGCGUCUGAAGGAACAGGACUGGGGGGUUCGUGAGGUGCCUUCGCCUUCACGAAAGCCAGCUCGAUUCUCGUUCUCGCCGGUGGUGUCUGCCUUCAUGCCUUCAAGGCGGAGAAGAGCAGGAACAAAGCAGAGCUUCGCGAUUGAGAGAAGCGACCUUACUGUGACUUCAUUCGCUGUUUGAAACGCACGCAGUGCCUCUCCUGCUCACUGGCGUUCCUUUUUCAAAG